AUGGAUGAAAGACGCCCUGGUGGGCUGAGUGUUGGGGAGUCAAGAGAAGUUCUUCCAAGGGACAGGCAACUGAGGACACCUACAUACGAUUAUGCAUUUGAAAAAUCAAUGAGCCAUGCAGAAGCAAAGCUUUUUUAUCAAAGCCAAUCUAUCGUUCCGUCAAAUAAUCAUCAAAAUGUCGGCACCAAUCCAGUUCACUUCCCACCUUCAGAUCAGUACGGACAUCAUUCCAUGGCUGGCGAUUCCCAGUAUGUCGGUGACAAUUUGGGAGCCCCCCGUGGCAUUAUGAAUCUAGCCUCCGAUGACGACACAGUUACCUCGGAAUUGAAUGUUAUUUGCCACAAGAUUCGGAGCUUGCUGGAGUUGAGAUCGAAGUAUAUUCGACUCUCACUGCAGACUCUUGGGGACAAUCCAAAUAAUACUCCAGGCUGGACGGUAUACCCCCCUCCACCAGAACCGGCCUGGGGCGAAGACAAAGAAACUGCGAAGUCGAAUAAUGAGUAUGGCGCAAAACACCGGAAGAGAAAGAUGGGCGAAAGUAUCGGUGAAGACUUUUGCCUUGCUGACUGCCUACCGCUUCCGGGAGAGUCUGACUGGGUAUUCAGGUUAGAUGAGAACAGCGUUUACCAGGUUUACGAAAGCUAUGGAACAUCUGACUUGGGGAAGCCCGUGGUCGAAAUUCCGUCCCUGCGGGACUUCUAUAUGGACCUGGAUUCCGUGAUCGAUGUUUCAACAGACGGGCCUGCAAAGAGCUUUUCCUUUAAACGACUUUCUUAUUUGGAAGGGAAAUUCCAGCUCUAUUCGCUAUUAAAUGAGUACCAGGAAAUUGCAGAUAGCAAAAAAGUACCUCAUAGGGAUUUCUAUAACGUUCGAAAAGUCGACACCCACGUUCAUCACUCAGCAUGCAUGAAUCAGAAGCACCUUCUCCGCUUCAUCAAAAGCAAAAUGAAAAAGUCUCCAGAUGAAGUCGUUCUGUUCAGGGACGGCAAGCAUUUGACACUUAAAGAAGUCUUUGAGAGUAUCAACCUUACCGCCUAUGACUUAAGUAUCGAUACUCUUGAUAUGCAUGCACACACAGAUUCCUUUCAUCGGUUUGACAAAUUCAAUCUUAAAUACAACCCGGUUGGAGAGUCUCGGUUACGAGAAAUUUUUUUAAAGACUGACAAUUACAUAAAGGGGCGAUAUCUAGCAGAGAUAACGAAAGAAGUUAUCUCCGAUUUGGAAUCAAGCAAAUAUCAAAUGGUGGAAUGGCGCAUUUCUAUUUACGGAAGAUCGAUUCAGGAAUGGGACAAACUUGCAGCCUGGGUUGUGGACAACAAGCUAUUUUCGCCCAAUGUUCGCUGGCUCAUCCAGGUACCUCGACUAUAUGACGUCUACAAAUCUAGUGGGAUGAUGGAAAAUUUCGAACAAGUAAUCACGAAUGUCUUCCAGCCCCUAUUCGAAGUGACGAAGGAUCCGAGCAGCCAUCCUAAAUUACACAUCUUCCUACAGCGUGUUAUCGGCUUUGAUAGUGUCGACGAUGAGAGCAAAGCUGAGCGCCGUCUGUAUAGGAAGUAUCCAAUUCCGAGGGAGUGGAAUACCAAACAAAACCCUCCCUACACUUAUUGGAUUUACUUUAUGUUCGCUAACAUGGCGUCUCUCAAUUUUUGGCGACAGCGGCGUGGUUUUAAUACAUUUGUCCUCAGGCCACACUGUGGCGAAGCCGGGGACCCCGACCAUCUUGCAGUUGGUUUCCUCUGUUGCCAUAGUAUUAGCCAUGGGAUUUUACUUCGAAAAGUCCCACUGCUGCAAUAUUUGUUUUACCUCGACCAAAUCGGUAUCGCAAUGUCACCUCUCAGCAAUAAUGCUCUAUUCCUCACAUACGACAAGAAUCCAUGCGCUCACUUCUUCAAAAGAGGUUUAAAUGUGUCGUUGUCCACGGAUGAUCCACUGCAGUUUGCCUUCACAAAAGAACCUCUGAUCGAGGAAUAUUCUGUGGCAGCGCAGAUCUACAAGUUCAGUGCAGUGGAUAUGUGCGAGUUGGCUAAGCAUUCCGUAGAGCAGUGUGGCUUCGAACUUUCUCUAAAAGAGAGAUGGCUUGGUUCAAACUGCUCUCUAGCUGGGGUUGCGGGUAACAAUGUUGCGAAAAGCAACGUCCCGGAUAUUCGAGAAUCAUUCCGUCAUGAAACGCUUAUCGGGGAGCUGGCAUUGUAA